GGUGAAGAGACACUGAUGCUGCUGAAGGAAAGCAGGGCGCGAAAGUGAAGUUACCGAUUAUGCACAUUUUUCUGACCGCAAGUCAGCAGCUGGAAGAGAAGCCCCUCUGGCACGCAGAAUGACUGAAGAUGUAGAUGUUCCUGAGACCCCGAAGACCACAAUAAGCAAUGGCUUUGUCACCCACCAGACAAGAGACCUCGGUGAUGCUACACAAAACCCUGAGACAUGUAUCAGGACUUCCUCUUCACAUUUUUCAUAUACAGCUCCGAGGCAGGAACAUAUUUGUGAGCCUGAGGAUCAAGACAAUCCAGAAGUAGAGUUCUCCAGCUUCCAUGAGGAGGUCCAGUGCCACACAGGAUUAGCAGGAGAGCAACACAAUGAACAUCUGGCACCUGAUGGAGGCUGGGGCUGGGCUGUACUGAUGGCUACCAUUGUGGUCUUGGCACUCACGCUUGCCUUUCCCUCAUGCAUUGGCAUUUUUUACACAGAUUUGCAAAAUGAGUUCCAAGCAAGCAACUCUGAAAUAUCCUGGGUGCCAGCCAUCAUGACGGCAGUACUGCAUGCAGGAGGCCCUGUAUGCAGCAUUCUCGUGGAGCACUUCGGUUGUCGAACAACGAUAAUGGUCGGUGGGGUUCUGAGUGGACUUGGAAUGGUAGUCAGCUCUUUUGCUCAGACUAUACUAGAGCUAUACAUUGCCACUGGAGUCAUUGCGGGAUUGGGUUUUUGCUUGUGCUUCCAGCCAUCAGUCACCAUGGUGGGCUAUUACUUUGUACGCCGCCGUGCCUUUGCCAGUGCCCUGUCUUCCACAGGAACAGCACUGGGCCUAUGCGUUCUGCCAUUACUGGCCAACUUUCUCCUGGAGAAGUUUGGCUGGCGAGGCAGCUUCCUGGUGCUGGGUGGAGUAGUGCUCAACUGCUGUGUGUGUGGGGCUAUCAUGAGGCCUCUGGGGACCAAAAUGAAGGUGAAGUUAAUACAGUCAGGAAAACCAUUGCUUAAAACCAGUGGUGUUCAUGCGCAGCAGGAGCGAAAGGGGCUCAAGGAGCAUCUACAGAGCACCCUGUCAACCAUAGUGCCUUUCCUGCGUAAGCAUAUGGCUGUUGACCUGAUACGGACCCACCCGCGCUUCCUUGCCUAUUCCUUGGGUGUGUCAUGGAUGAUGUUGGGCUUCCUGGGGCCUCUUGUCUACCUGGUGCCGUACGCCACCGCACAUGGGAUAGAGCAGGAGCAUGCUGCUAUGCUAAUGACCAUCCUCGGUCUGGUCAAUGUUAUAGUAAGACCGACAGCGGCGCUGCUUUUUGGACUCAAGCGUUUCCGUGGAAGUCAACACAAUGUCUAUGUGUUUGCCUUUGCCCUCUUGGUAAAUGGACUGAGCAACUGUAUGUGUGGUGCGGUGACCAGUUUCCAUGCACUCCUGGCCUAUGUGCUGGUGUUCGCUGCUUCCAUGAGUAUAGUUGGUGCGCUGCUCUUCACUGUGUUGAUGGAGACAGUGGAGAUGAGUCGCUUUCAGUCUGCCCUGGGGCUCAUCAGCAUCAUGGAAAGUGUCACGCUUCUUCUUGGCCCACCUCUAGCAGGAAUGUUGGCUGAUCUUACAGGGCAGUACAGCUACAUGUUCUUCUUCUGCAGUGUGUCUGUUUCUACUGCUGGCCUCUUCAUUAUGGUGUCUUUCUACUGGCUGGACAGACAGAGCAACAAGAAAGAGAAGAAGAAUCCCUCUGAACUUAUCAACAAGCCCAGUAUCAGUCUGAUUGCCAAUAGUGAAGGCACGCCUGCACAGAGGAUGAACUCUGACACUGAUACUACUAAUAUUUAAAUGAUAGUUUUGUUUAGUACCACUAGUAUUCCAAACUAUACAGGAAUUCAGACAGAUAUUUUUAUUGUCUUUGAUUUAAUUAUUUUGUGGUCAUGGAUACUAGACUACAUUUCCCAGUCAGUUUAUUUAGUGGUGAAGGUUUAUAUUUGCACAUAACUUUAUUAAAAUAUUAACAGAUUUUUAUAAAUGUUUUAUAUGAUUUACCAA